AUUCCACUCCCGCGCCUGCUCCGCCUUCCGCGCUGCGCUCUGCCUGGUAGCCCCAGUCCCGACGGCCUUUGCGAGAGCAAAAUGGCAGCCCCCUCGUCUCGGGGUUUGUCUUGCUUAUCCAGGGCUUUAGGAUGGUGGUCUCUGCAGCCAGUCUUGGUGACCCAGUCCACAGCGAUAGUUCCAGUAAGAACCAAAAAACGUUUCACACCCCCUUCUUAUGAACCCAAAUACAGAACACAGAAGGAGUUUAUGGAGCAUGCCCGGAAAGCAGGAUUGGUUAUUCCUCAGGAACGUAUGGAACGUCCCAUACAUCUGGCCUGUACAGCUGGUAUAUUUGAUGCCUAUGUUCCCCCUGAAGGUGAUGCUCGGAUGUCAACUCUUUCAAAGGAAGGACUGGCCCAGAAAACUGAGCGAUUAAAGAAGAAUGUGGCAUCACAGUUAUCAAUUCGAAAGAUAAAAGAAUAUGAUGCUAAUUUUAAAAUAAAAGACUUCCCUGAAAAAGCUAAGGACAUCUUUAUUGAAGCUCACCUUUGUCUUAACAAUUCAGAUCAUGACCGGCUCCAUACCUUGGUAACUGAACACUGUUUUCCGGACAUGGUCUGGGAUCUCAAAUACAAGACUGUCCGCUGGAGCUUCAUAGAAUCUCUAGAGCCUGCCCAUGUGGUUCAGGUUCGCUGCUCAAGUCUCGUAAACCAAGGCAACAUGUAUGGCCAGAUCACUGUCCGCCUGCACACGCGGCAGACUCUGGCCAUUUAUGAUCGGUUUGGCCGGUUGAUGUACGGUCAGGAAGACAUACCCAAGGAUGUCCUGGAGUAUGUUGUGUUUGAAAAGCACCUGACAAACCCAUAUGGGAACUGGAGACUGCAUGGCAAGAUUGUGCCCUCCUGGGCACCCCCUAAGCAGCCCAUCCUCAAGACGGUGAUGAUUCCUGGUCCCCAGCUGAAACCAUGGGAGGACUACGAAGAGGCACAAGGAGAGGCAUAUAAGCCUCAGCCAGCUUAAUGGCAAAAUGACUCCUGGGGGGAAGUCCAGGUGAUGGGACAGCUCAAAGAUGUGAAGUCAUCCAUUUCCAGAAGGUGUUGCUGCCUUCUGCCCUGCUUGAGUCAUUCAGCAGGUCCAGCUUCACAGCCUUGACUGGCAGCUGUGCCUACGUGGGUGGCUGGUAUGUUCAGCCAUAGACCUUAUUCUUCUUAAAAUCAUAUGUUCAGCUUCUGAGUCUAGAUAAAGCAGUAUGUUUCAGAGAACCAGCAUCUGAUACCAGUUUUUGAUUUUUUUGUUCAUGACAGGGACUGUGGGAGCAAACUGGCUUCAUUCUUUCUCUCAGAAUUUGAAAUAAAACACUGUCACGGUGUUAAA